AUGGUCAACUCUAGUAUAACAAGUCCCAAUAGUAAUUCCAACGGCACCGCCACUACAACUACGUCAAAAGUUCAAAAAGAUUCAAAUGCUGAAUUGAAAAGCAAAAGAACGGCUCAAAAUAGAGCUGCUCAACGAGCCUUUAGAGAAAGAAAAGAGAAAAAAAUGAAAAGUUUGGAAGAAAAGGUCGUUGAGUUGGAGAAAGUCUGCAGAGCUCACGAGUCUGAAACAAGCUUCCUCAGAUCUCAGCUCAUCUUAUUCGGAACUGAAUUGAGAAAGCAACAUAAUACAGGCAACACGCCUUCCAACAACAACUCCAUAUCAAAUUAUAGAAAUAGACAUAAAAAUUCCAUUGCAAGUAACCAUUCAAAUAGUAGCAACCAUUCAAAUUCAAAUUCCAUCUCUGUUCCAAACUCUCUUUCAAGACAUUCAUCCACUUCAUCAAUCAUCAAUCAGCCAAAUUCAAUGUCUAUGUCUAUGUCUAUGUCCAAUCCAAAUGCAAAUUCAAACUUAACAAUCAAUCAUCAUCACACGAACUCCACAACAACUCCAUACAAUGGGUUUGCUAAUUUGAACUACUCUUUCUUACAGACUACAUCCUCAACAACAGCUUAUAAUACAAAUACAAGUUCACCACUUUCAUUCACUCUUCAUUCACCUUCCAAUAAUAACAAUCAUCUAAUGAAUUCCAAUAAUUCCACUAUCCUUUCUGCCAAUAAAGAAAGUCCUGAAUUGUAUUUGAAAAAUUCCACUUCCCCCAACGAUUUAAAUAGUACUAAUUUACAAUCAGAUAUCAAUGCCUAUUGGGAAGGUCAAAACUUGGAUUUAUUAAAUUCCUCAUCCAAUCCAAUCCUAUCCACUAAUUUGAAAAAUAUCUCUGCCACUAGUGGUCUUAAUAAUAUGAUCAAUGUGGCAAACAAUAAUUCAAGUAAUAGUAAUCCCAAUAGUAAAGCAAGUACCAUCACUUCCAAUACAACUACCACAUCAACUUCUGAUGGUAAGUCAGGUAUUAUGGAUGCUCCUAUCGAUUUAAAUUCCAUGAAUUGGUUCAAUACAGAUAUAGAAACGUUUAAUUUCGAUAAUCAAUUCGAUGAACAAAUUUCUAAAUUCUGUUUGAAAUUAAAUUCAGCCUGUGGUAAUUUAAGUUAUCAACUAACCACCACUGCAAAUAAUAAUGCUGCUAAUAUUCCCAUUAAUAAUAACGAUUUGAAUGAAUUGAUCAAUAUAAAUACAAAUGAUGAAGAGGAUCAUGGUGAUUUGAAGAAUUUAAAUGAUGUCUUUGAAAAUAAAUUCUCUGUACAACAAUCCAUCAACAACAACAAUAACGAUAAUAAUAACAAUAAUUCUUCAGAAAAUUGGAACUUCAACCUAUCUUCUACGCCAAUUAAUAGUUUCAAUGUAAAUAUCAACGAUGUAGAAACAAACUUGGCAUUCCCCAAUCAAACGUUAUUACAAGAUCCUUCGAUAAAUGUAGAUAAAUUUGAAUUCCCAAUCUCUCCUGCCAAUAAUUUGAAUGUAUCUUUGAAUCAACAAGAUAAAUCAAAUAUCAGUGACGUAGAUGACGAUGAAGAUGAUGACGAUAACGAAAUGGUCCCUGCAGAUCCAGAAAUGUUGCCUUGCACAAAAAUAUGGGAUAGAAUCACUGCACUACCGAAAUAUACUUCUGCCGAUAUAGAAAACUUGUGUAAUGAACUCAUGUCCAAAGCCAAAUGUUCUGAUAAAGGUGUGGUUGUCAGCAGUUUAGACGUUGAUAAAGUUUUGUUAAAUGAGAAAAAGAGUAAUUCAAGACACUUCCAAAUGUAA